CGUCAUUGUCAUGUGACUAAAGAAAAAAUGGGCAAACGGAAGUAGAUUUUUGGAAAUAUCAACAAACAGUUACAUUCGAAAAUUUUGUUAGGAAACUCUUACUGACUGUCUUAGUGGCAGAAUUUGUCAUACUUUCAUUAUGUCUGGUGAUGGCAUGAAAGAAGAUUUAUACAGUGUCCCAUUGUCUAGUGACAGUGACACAGGCGAUCUACAACAAACAAAUGGAUACACCACAAAAAGAGUUCCCAGUGGAGACAAUUUUACAAGUCUGGACCCAGAUAUUAACCCUGAUGAAGAGGAGGAGAAACAAAGACUCAUAGCACAAGUUCUUGAACUACAAAAUACACUAGAUGAUCUGUCAUCAAGAGUGGACUCGGUAAAAGAAGAAAACCUGAAACUAAAAUCAGAAAACCAAGUAUUAGGGCAAUAUAUAGAAAACCUCAUGGCUGCCAGUAGUGUGUUCCAGUCAACAGAACCUAAAGCUAAGAAAAAGUCUGGGAAGAAAAGAGAGAAAUAAAUCAAAGUCUGCUAACAGUUAGAGAAAGCUUUGAACUACAGCAAAAUUUCAUGUGGUUGCAUAAUAUCUAAAAAUAACCUAGUCUUUAUAACUUAUAGAAUAGAAUGCUGAUUGAUUUUUAUUUCAACUGCAUAAAAAAUGUUUGUAUUGUUGAAUCUCAUUUAAAGUUUGUAUUUAUAUUAAAAGGAAAUGUUGCAAAAAAUGUAUAUGUAUAUUUACCAAAACCUCAAUGAUUUACAACCAGUAUAAAUUACCAAUGAGUUUUUUAUCUACAAGUUUCUUAGUCAGUAAUUAUUUUGUUGAGUCACUUGAGUAAUUGGUUUGUAAUGAAACAUACUUUUAAUGCAUUUCCUACUUGUAACAUUGUUGUUCUAUUAACAUUAACAUAAAAGCAUUAAUACUGGAAAUUCAGAAAUGACUAUGUUCAUUUAUUAUUGCAAUUGUUGACAUAUAUGCAAAAUUAACUAUUUUAAUUUGAGGAAAUGCUGUAUGCAAAUGAUGUUAUCAAAAUUUAAAAUGUGAUUUUUAUACAUUUGAAGGAAUUCUGUCGCUCUUUUUGCAAUAAUUGAAACCAUGCAAAAAUUUCUAAAUUAACAGUUAAUAAAUUUCUGGAAAUUUUUCUAUAAAAAAAUAUUAAAUUCUAUUUCAUAUGAUAAUUAUUUCCCCUAAUUUUACUGUAAUUAUUGCAUUAUUUAGAAAAAGAAAAAUAGACAAAUGUACGUAUUUAUAAAAAAAGAACAUCUGUUCAGCAUUUUAUCUCCCUUGAUCUUGCAGUUACAAGUGUAUUCUGUAGAUGAAAUUCAUAAUCAUGCAGUUUUGUACAAAAGACAAAAAAUAUGAAAUGUGUGUUACCUUUUUUAAAUUUUCAUACUUUAAUAGAUUGAUUUUUAUCCCCAAGUUUCCACAAUUAUUCACACACUGCCAGAGGCUUUACAAUACUUCUACAUGAACUUUAUUGAAACAUUAUCAGCAUUAAUUAAGGGCAUUGUGGAAUUUCUGGUAAAACUUACAAACUAAGAAAACCUAUAGUUUCUCUCUUAUAAAGCAUCUUUUCCCAAUGUCUACACAGCACUUGUAAACUUUCUGAACCUACAGCAUUCUGCUAAAAGCUAAGCUUUAUCUCUCUGGUGUAUAUACUUAGCCCUUAUUAACCUGUAAACAGUUUGUGUACAUUUUUGAUACCUUGAAUCAAAUUUAGGACCAAACAUUGGCAUUGCUAGUUGAUUUACUCCUGGAAAGUUGAAUCAUCCUGGAAAUUCAAAUUUUCGAAUAAGUGUAAGAUGAUGGAAUGGUACCUUUUUGUUUGAAAAAUGAAUUUGAAAUUUAUGUUACAGUUCACUGCAUUUUAAAAUUUUAUUAACACAAAGCUUUAAAAAUCUGUGUUUGUGUAAAAAUACUUACUGAAAAAUUAUCUGGCAAAAUAAGAGAAUGUUCUGUUUUUUAUUUGAUCUCUUUUCAUACCUCCAAUGUCUGGAGAUACUGUAAAAAGCUGAUAUUUAGUUCACUGUGAACAUAAUUCCCACCAUAUUCUUUUUUUCUUUUUGUUGCACAAUUUUGAAUACAGGAUUUCCUAGUUCAGAGGAAUUUGUACCAUCAAACCAAUUAGAAUUUCAUCUAGACAAGACUGAAGUGAGUUUAUUGUUAUAAAAAAAAUGUUGAUUUUCCCAGGAAAAAAAUACUCAGUUUUAAAACAUGACAUAAUCAUAAAGGAAAUUCAUUGACAUCCAAAAAAUACAAUGCAUGUUUUUCAUGGAACCUUGAAAGGGGUACAGAACACUUAAGGUAGAUAACUUUUUAAAUAUCGGCUGAAUGUUUUAAUCAAAUAUUAUUAGAAAAGAGAAAUCAAGCUUCUCAAUGAUCAAAAUUGUUGUUUGUCAAACUGCUAUAUAUCCAAUGAAAUUAUUUCUGUAAAUUGUGUGGUUAAAAUUUAUUGAAAUUUUUAUAUUUUUGUCAACAUGUCAAAAUGAAUAUUUUGUCAAAAUUUUAUAAAAAUUAAACAAGCCAACUUUAUUUUAGUCGAAGUGCUGGGUACCCCCUUAAGUAUAAACGUGUUGUUCAGAAGGUCCUUCUGAUGAAAAUAAAGUAGUCCUUUCCAUAUUCUUUGCAGAAAGAAGGCCAAUUCACACAAUCAAAAUUCAAACUGAUUUGAAGAGUUUAUGACAAGAAUGAAAAAGACACAUUGUUAUUAAAUAAUAAGGUUAUGGAGCAAGUGCAUGGCUGAAGGGUUAGUUCUAAGUAAUUUUUGUGACAUAGAGAGCUGAAAAAUCCUGUAUUUUUUAAGAUAUUUCAUUUUAUAUUUAGACUUAAUGUGAUAUUUUAUCUGUUAAAAAUUAAUAUCUUUAAUGUUUGGUAAUUUCGGGUAAAGUUGUUGUUGUUUAUGCUAUUUCCUAUUGUAUACUUCAUAUUUUCUAAUGUUGUAAGUUUUUAUUAUCGAAAUCCAUAAAAUAUGUAUGCAGUGUUCUCCCUAGGAAUUUCAAAUACCAUCUUAUCAGAGAGGAAGUUUUCAAAUGCGAACUUCUUAUUGAAACUGGUAAUAUCACAGUAAUGAAAUUCCCCAAAAAUAUGUGUAUAUUGUAAAAUAACAAAAACAACAAACUCCGAGGAAAAUUCUAAACGGAAAGUACAUAAUUAAAUUGCAAAAUUAAAAGCUCAAAACACCUUUACUCCAUCAGUAUGGCAGAUAUACUGUAGAUUCAUUAUUAUUCGUUGGAUACCAAUUUUCGUGGAUUUCAUGGGUAAAUUAAAUGUUCAACGAAUAACAAAUUUUCUAUAGGCUAGUAUGAAGACUUUCGCAAAACCACGAAAUCAAAUAUCCACGAACAUGCAAGUUUUCCUUAAUCUACAAAAAUUGAUACCCACGAAAAUAAAUGAAUCUGCAGUAAUAGGAUCUCUGUUCCUAAUUGCUAUUGAAAACAAUAUUUUUGGCUAUCAUAUACAGCAGGUCUGUAAUGCCAUUGUAAUACAUUUACAAUAGAUUUUGUAAUGGUGUCCAGCAGAUUUGAUCCGUGUUACCUAAUUUAUUUGCUGUACUAAUAGGCAGUUGUAGGUUGUCAUAAUUAAUCCUUAGAGAAUUCUGUUCUGUUGGUAUCAGAGUGAAAAAAUUGGAUUGUGGGAUGCUGGACACCCCUAGGGAAAACAUUUUAUAUUGGAUGUUGUUGUAUAUUGUGAUGCAUAUUUUGUUUUUGUCACUGCCAUACUGCAUAGAUUACUUAAAAUAAAACAUUAAGCAAUAUA